AUGUCGCAUGCUGCCGUCGAAGCGUACCGAAACUCCGAAGCUGAAAUACGCGAAUCACGAGAUCUUGCGGAUAUGAGGAAUGAGCCUACGUCCUUCCGUGUGUGCUAUGACCCAUCAUUUCGGGUGUUUAACAGUGAUGGCUCCCAAAUGAGGCUGAUAUUGCUCACCUUACUCUUGGUUGUUGCCGUCAAUGGAGGUAUCAUCGACAAAUUGAAAGGUAUUUUCACCGGCGAAGAAAGUUUCGGUCAAAAAGUGAAGAAUGCAACCAUUGUCGGAUUCCAAAAGGUAACUGAAAACACGGCAGUCCGCAAGAUUCGUGAUAAGAUCAGAAGCAUGAAGGAAGAAGUGGUAAAAACGUUGGAGCUAACACCAGAAAUGCUAAAGUCACUCAAAGAAAGACUACAGAAAUGGCGGCACAUCAAGAUAGAUAAAGUCGAUGAGAGGGGUGACUCCAUUAUCGAUGUCAACAAAAACAGUCGUGUUGACGAGGAACUCUACCAGGGCGACAUGAUUCUGACAGAGGAGCAAGCUGAGGAGAUCGUUGACGACAUAGAAGACGAGGUGGCUGGAGCAAAUCGUACGAAACGUCAAGCGUUCAAGGAUCGUAGAUAUCCGAAAACGUUGUGGUCACAAGGAGUAAAUUACUACUUUCACGAUAUGGCUGAUGAGAAAAUGCGACGUGCCUUCAUAAAAGGUGCCAGGCUCUGGGAAAAGGAUACCUGCAUCAAUUUUAGGCACAACCGUUUUGCCGAUGACCGAAUUAUGGUGUUUCCAAAGGAUGGAUGUUGGUCGUACGUAGGAAAAAUUGGUGGUGAACAGAAUCUGUCAUUGGGAAGAGGUUGUGAGACAACAGCCAUU